AUGGAAUACACUUCGACGCCGUUGCAUCGAGCCAGUAUGAACGGGCGAAAGGAGGUAGUAAUAGCCCUGUUAGACGCCGGUAUGGACCCCAACGUGAGGACUGCAAAUGGUACCCCUCUGCACGAAGCGGCUCGUUACGGGAAAGCCUCAGUGGUCCGCGUUCUGUUAACCAAAGGAGCGGAUCUUCACGCCACGGAUUCAAAGAAAAAGACUGUUUAUGACCUUCUCGCGGAGUACCCUGAAGAGGCCCUUAGGAAAGUUAGGAAAGUUAUACGAGAGUAUGUGACAAACGCAGCAAGCUAUGACAGUGAAAACGAAGACCUUCCGCCCUUCCCUGUUCCGGAAUAUAGUCCUACGCCGCCGUUAUGUAAUAAAUUUAGCCCUAAGCUUCCUGCUCAUAGACCGCUUCGCACUAAAGCUUCGUUAACUAACAUAAAUGAGGAUAAACAAAGAGACAACAUAACUAAUUCCCAACCCCAUAGUAAAUUUCCACCAUCACCUAAAAGUCCUUCGCGAUCCCCUGUCAGUGAGACACCCAAUGAAGAUUUUAGACACAGAUCUAACACGUUUCAGGACAAAGCUAGCAAUAAUAAACAGUUGAAAAUUUUAGGAGAUUCUAUAAAAUCUAAUGCCCCGACUGCGUUGAUGUAUGACCAUCAAAAUCAAGUUAUUUAUGAAUUGGCAAAAAAGAUUAACACUCCAAGUUCUGAGGAAAUAGGCGUAAUAGGAUCACAACCUGAAAAAGAAACUGUGUAUGCUAAUUUAAACAAUAAUACACUAAUAGAUAACAGCUACGAUAGAAAGCGAUGCGAUACAUUAGAACUACCAAGCAAUAUUUCUUCCGAGGCAUUCGAGUCGGGCUCUAUGAAAAGAAAACCUAAGCCUCUUCCAAAGCCGACGGGUUCUCCUGGUGACGACGAAACCGAUUUGUAUGUCAACGAAUGUUUUAAAAAAGUAGAAGAAGGUAUUUAUGAGAACGUUACUCAAAAUAUUAGUGAUGACGAAAAGGUUAAGAACGCAUAUUCUGAUGGUCCAGAACUAGAUACAUCCCCAACUUAUUUUCCUAUGAUGGGUUUAAAACGACUUCAUCACCAACGAAGUACCAUCAACGUUUGUGGUCAUAGCUGUGAUAACAUUGAGACGUACGAUGAUGCCGCUUAUGUAAAGAUGGAAGGAAAGAUGGUACGUGACCGAAGAUUGUCCAAUCCUGUUUACUUAUCUAUGGAAAGGUUAAAGACGGACAGUUUUCACCUUAAAGGUGAUGUUGGAUGUCUUUAUGGAUCUAAUGAAUAUUUAUACAUUUACGAAAUAAAUCCUAAAACUUUGAGAGGUAACGCACAUCCUUUUAUAAGAAAGAAAGAAAGAGCUUCCCCGAUGCCUUGCUAUUGUCACGAAGAUCCUAAAAAAGAAGAAAAAAUGUUUCAAAAGAAUAAACCUAAACAAUCUAGCGCCGGCCAACUUGUAUUUUAUAGUUGUGAAGAUAUCUAUGUGCCUAUGAACCGGGAAGACAUUUAUUCGUCUUUAAAUGAUUUGAAAAAUGAAAAUAUGCAAUUUCAACGCAAACAAAGCCGGGACGAAGCAAAGGCAAAUAGACCAGUUAGUCCAGAGAAUCUCAACAUGGCAUACCAAUCAAAUACGAAAACGUCAGAGACCCAGAAAAAUACUAACAAAUAUGAUAGCUUUUUAUCUCCACCUUCAUCUUCUUUUAAUAAACACCAUCCUCAAAGUUUUGUCAAAAAGCUUGCUUCGAAAUGCUUGGGCCUAAAAGCAAAGUUCAAUUCAGCUCCUAAUAUUUCUAACAGCUCAGCAGCGGAAGUCGAUGUUAAAUCUAAACAACCAGAUAAUAGGAAUAGUACAAAUACGUUGCUAAUAGGAAACAGUAAAUUCUUUAAAAUGCUGUCGAAAAAGGAGGAGUCCGGUGAAGUAGUAUGCAAUGAUGAAUUCGACACAAUAUCGUUAGAUCGUCUAGGUACACUAAAUAGAGAUUCAGUUGUGAAUAGGAGCAAUAGGAGCUGCCCCGGAUUUAAAACGUCACUUCCCAAUAUUUCAGAACAUAACGAACUUAGCGAUUCUCAAGAGUCUAUCCCUGAUUCUGUCGUGAUAACUGAAUUAGACUGUGGUACAAUAAAUAGUGAUAUAAAUGAAGCUGUUAACUGUACUGCAAAUUUUAACAUUUUCGAACCAAGAGAAAUCUCUAAUAGGAAAUCGGUAAUAUCUACAGCAUCUACGGAAUCACGGCACCUAGUUAAUGAAUGCUAUGAAUCUUAUGAUGUUUAUAAAAGUCAAUCAGAAAGUGUCACCACAAAGUUAGUACCUAUACCACAGCCUAGACCUACAGCAGUAACAGUAAAAAAUACAAAUGACGACACUAUUUAUGAAAACAUUGUGGUGGAAGUUAAAAGUAUACCUAAACCAGCAACCAGAAUACACAUUCCUGUAAAAUCAGUUGAUGAAGUGCAAAGGCAGACGUUAUAUGAAAAUAUUGAUUUACUUCAAAAGAAGCAACCCGAACCCCAUAAAAGAACGCUAGUCCCACAAAAUUCGAACUCUAACAGUCUAAAUGAGAACGCCUCGCCUAUUGAUAGUCGUUCUUCAACAAUGUCAUCUGACUCAAUGUUAGAUGAAACUAAUUUAGAAGACAUAUUCUUAUCUGAAAAAUCAAAAUCUUUCAGGCAUCGAAAGACAGCUUCCUUUUCUAGUAUAAAGUUACAACUGGGGAGAACGCAGUCAAUUGCGUCAGAUGCUUCUGAUGUAACAGAGGCAAGUGCUUUAGAGAAUGUUGACUGCAGUGACGAUAUAAAUGAAAAGCCUAUUUAUUUAUCGAUGACUGGUACAUUACCGAAUAAAAAAACAGACGACGUUUCUAAAAAGAAAGUUCUUUUCAGACAUAAAACAUUUACAAAUAUUGAAGUAGAUAGAAACUCGGUGAAGGUUAAAGAUUUACCAGAAUGGAACAAUGAGUUUUUGAAAGAAACCUUAGCACAUUAUCACAUAAGGGGAACAGGACACUGUAUAUACAAUGCUCCUACAGUCCAAGAAUUUAUUUACAUUUUUAACAGAGACACCUUAUAUAGUGAUGUUCCCCCUUUCACUAAAGUGCCUAAUACUAAAAGAGAUAGCGAGUUUGAAACGGCUAUAUGUUUUUGUAGGCCUCGACCUCCUAAGUUCCAUAGUAGUGCUGAAGACCUUAUUGAUAAAACGAAUCAAGUUGAAGAUGGGAAGGUCCUAUUAGACGUCGACGCGAUUAAGAAUAGACGUGAAAUUUUGUCAUCAUCGUUUAAAUGUUAUUGUGUUUCUAAAUCUUGCACAUUACAUUCUACUAGACGCGAUUCGCCAUCAGACUUUGUAGUUAAAUUUUCUGCUAUAAAAAAAAGUAUUUCUACACCUGAUAUUACUUUAGAUUUGUCCCCUUAUUCGACAGCAUCCAAAACGAUUUUACCUAAAAAUAAAUCCGUCCCUAGUUUAGAAGAUCCCUAUGCGGUUGUAAGCGUCGAAGAAAUUAUAGCGAGAAACACAAAGCAGUGCGAAAAUGCAAAAACACCCGAUAGUCCUGUGUAUACUUUAAUGUCACAAACAUCUACAGUGUCAUCGACCACUUCUGCACGUCCUUACUCCAUCAAGGAUAUUGCAGAAGUGAUAUCAUUAAGCGAUCAUUCAACAUCGACAACCACUACUUUAUCUCGUGCUUCUGGUGUGCAAUUGCCUAUAAGGAAAUCGAGUUCCUCGGAAUACUCCGGUCAUUGGUCUCUACAGUCGUGCAAUUCCAACGUCACUAUUCAAUCUGAUGCAUCAUUCAAAACUUGCCUCGAGGAAUCUUCGGAUGACUCCGACGGUACCUUGCACUCAGACGCUGGAAGUACAGAUUCCGAUAGUUCGGACGCUGAGACAGUCAAGUCUGAUGAAACCACGGCAAAAAGACCAUGGGUUCAUAGUGACUCUUUCAGAUUUGGAAGUAAAUCUAAACCAGUAAUAGAUGUUAUCGUAGAAGAGAGUCAAAGCUCUCCCGAUGAUAAAUCUGAGUCGUCGAAAUACGAAAGCGGUAUUUGUUUGGAGGGGUCUGUAAGUUCCUUGUCUGAGUGCGAGGACGAUAGUGGUAUUCCGAGGGUCGAUGCGGAUGUGUCGCUUGGUUGUGCUUCGCUUGAGCGGGUUUCGGGACUGGUCGGGGGUGUUCGCAGCGGGUCGGGACGUCGGCGAUGGGACGAGGCGGAGGGAACAAGCGAAGGCGAUGCGCUGAGUGUAUCCAGUGCAGCAUCUAGCUGUGCACCACUGCACCUGUCGCAUCAUCAUCCUUACAGUAAAGUUUCGCCCACCCCUCCCAAGAAACCUCCACGGAGGAACCUGUCAGUGUCCCCCACCCACGCCAACUCCCCUUCUUCGGGCUACAGCUAUGAGUUGAGGCCGCAUGCGAGAAGUCAGGACGAUUUGGAUGACAUACAGGGUGCAAAACACUACCUCAAACACGGUCGUUCGGUGGACCAAUACGUUGACGGGAAGCUCUCCUACUCGGAGUACGAGGAAAAUCAUAAUUCUCCACGAGUAGUUCCUAUUCCAAACCCUCGACCAAGCUUGAAGCAACGCUCACAACCCGUCGCCAUAACUGCUAUGUACGAGAACGUUGUCAUUAAAGAACAAAACCCCAGAAGAAAACUCAGAAGAAACAAUUUUGUACCGACCAAUGACAACUACGAUCAGAGAAUGAGUGACGGAAGAGUAAGAAAAUACUCUCACCAAGAAAAGUCCUCGCUUGAAAGUUUGCUGGACGACCAAUCAAUGAAUAGUCCAAGUGAUUGUGAGCGUUACUACGAAGGUCCUAGAGCUCAUAUUCCACUAUCACCGACGCAUUACGAACAACCACCCACCCCUGAUCAUCCGCCACCAUCAGCUAGACAGGCCGAAAACUGUAUUCACGAAAGGAUCAGGCCCUUGAGCCAGCUAAUUAUGGAGGUUGUAGAAGAAAUACGAAUUAGAAAAAUGUCGCAAAGUGACAUUAGUAAUAGCUAG